GCGGCUGUCUCGCUAACCGAUUGGGUAAUCUGUCUGCCAAUCAGGGGAAAACGGGUCUCGCCCCUGUUCCUUGGCGUGACCAGACUCUGUUGAGCAGUGCGGUUGCAGUGUGAUGGGGUCGAAGCCGGGGCUGACGCUUUGACAGCUAGUAGAAGAUAUAGAGGAAAAAAAGAGCGAGCGGCUCUGCACUGCAAACCAUGUUCGCUAAAGGCAAAGGCUCGUCGGUGCCCUCGGACGGGCAAGCUCGGGAAAAGUUAGCUUUAUAUGUAUAUGAAUAUUUACUACACGUAGGCGCACAGAAAUCAGCACAGACAUUUUUAUCAGAGAUAAGAUGGGAGAAAAAUAUCACGCUAGGGGAGCCGCCUGGGUUUUUACAUUCUUGGUGGUGUGUAUUUUGGGACCUAUAUUGUGCUGCUCCUGAAAGAAGAGAUACCUGCGAACACUCAAGUGAAGCAAAAGCCUUUCACGAUUACAGUGCUGCUGCAGCCCCAAGCCCAGUGCUCGGAAACAUUCCUUCCAGCGAUGGGAUGCCAGGGGGGCCGAUCCCUCCAGGGUUCUUCCAGGGACCUCCUGGCUCUCAGCCCUCGCCACAUGCACAACCUCCACCUCACAACCCUAACAUGAUGGGACCCCACAGCCAGCCUUUUAUGUCCCCACGGUAUGCUGGGGGCCCACGACCCCCCAUCAGAAUGGGAAACCAGCCCCCAGGAGGCAUCCCAGGUGCUCAGCCACUGCUGCCCAACACAAUGGACCCCACACGGCAACAAGGGCAUCCUAACAUGGGAGGACCAAUGCAGAGAAUGAAUCCACCAAGAGGAAUGGGCCCGAUGGGACCUGGACCCCAGUCUGAUCCUUGGUUAUCAUUGCAGAACUAUGGCGGCGGAAUGAGACCUCCACCCAAUUCAAUAGGCCCUGGCAUGCCUGGAAUUAACAUGGGUCCAGGGUCCGGCAGACCAUGGCCCAAUCCUAACAAUGCGAAUUCAAUCCCAUAUUCUUCAUCAUCGCCGGGCACGUAUGUGGGUCCCCCUGGUGGAGGAGGUCCGCCUGGCACACCUAUAAUGCCAAGCCCAGCAGAUUCAACAAAUUCCAGUGACAACAUCUACACAAUGAUUAAUGCUGUGCCACCAGGAGGAAACCGAACAAAUUUCCCGAUGGGCCCCGGCUCUGAUGGCCCCAUGGGGGGGAUGAGCGGAAUGGAGCCACACCACAUGAACGGAUCAUUAGGGUCAGGAGAUAUAGAUGGGCUCCCUAAGAAUUCUCCAAACAACAUAAGUGGCAUUAGCAAUCCUCCAGGCACUCCAAGGGAUGAUGGCGAGCUAGGAGGCAACUUUCUCCACUCCUUCCAAAACGACAAUUAUUCUCCCAGCAUGACGAUGAGCGUGUGAUUUCCCCCCCAUCCCCUCUCCCCCUCCCCAGGACAAGAAUGAGUCAGCCGUCAUCUGGAAGAUAAAAGAGAGUUCGCAAGAAGCAGCUAAACAUUUUGGCAAGGAACCGGGGAAGCACCCCGAAUUUAGUUUCAUGCAAUAAACGAAACAAAAGCUGAACUUCUUGCAUUCCAUAAAAAAUGAAGGACAAUUUUUUUCGAGACAUAUGACAAAACUUAUUUGCUAGGGUUAUAUACGUUUUAUUAUUAUUAUUAUUAUUAUUAUUAUUAUUAUUUUGCUUUUCAAGAGAAAUACAGAAAGCCUCUUGCACCUGACUCGACCUCCUUUGCUUUGUCCUUAAACCUGUUAUAUGUCUGUGCUGUGCCGUGCAAGGAAGCUAGCCUAGGUAUGAGAAAUCACCUUGUCAGUGUUGUAGCUACUUUUUAAAAAUGGACAGCUUUACACAUGCACUGUGGUUUCCUUUUGAAAACAGAAAGAAAAACCAGACUGUUGGCAAUUCUGAAUUGUGUCUUUAUUUUGGUAAACUGGCUCCUUCAUCAAGCUACAAGGUGUCCUCUUGGAAGAAGCAUCGCAACCCUGCCGGCUAUGGCAUUCUUUCCAAUGAACUGUGAGACAGAAAUUCAAGAUGCCUUGAAAUGGAUGGUGAAUCUUAUUGUUUUUGUUUUUAAGCUUGUCAAAUACCUGUGAUUAGCCAUUGGACAUUUACGUGGGACGAAUACAUUUGAAAGCUUUUUAUUUGGCUUUUUAUUUAUCUUUUAAACAAGUGUUUUUUUUUGGUUUUUUUUAAAUUGGUGAUUUGAGACCAUUUAAAAUGUAUCCCGUCUUAGCAUUUGUGUAUCAUUUUAUUAUUUCUCUCUUUCAUACAGAGAUAUCCCUGUAAUGCAUUUGUGUCCUUUUUCAUUUCUGAUUUUGUUUAUAACUGCCGUUCUGUAGAUGCACUGUUAAGACCGUUAAUUGACUUCCACAGAACAGUAAUACAAACCGGUUGUAAAUUUGACACUGUGUGAAAGAUGCAAAUCUAUGUACAGUACAGUACACUACCUGUAGAUGGGCUUUUUCUUUCUCGUUUUGUUUUUAUAUAUAAAAGUCCACUUCUAUAAAAAGUGUAUCCUGUUGUGUAUAAUCUAUUAUCUGCCUGGACAUACCAUUGUGCUGAUUCUUGAACAUUGUAGCUGUUUCUGUGUUUCUUACCUUGUUGUCUGGUUAAAUGAGUGAGUGAGAGAGAGAGAAAGUAAUUAUACAUUGUAGUUUUGUUUAAUAUUUGUUGCUAAUGUUUUAUCAAGGGAUUAUUUUGUCAUUCUCCACCGCCCCCCCACACCCCAAAGAAAUUACUGUCCAUAUGUCUGACUGCAAAUUAUGAGACUUGUUCAUACUAUUAAUUGGGGGAUGAUUUGAAAUGUAUUAUUAUUUUUAUUGUUUUAGGUUUGUAGGCUUUUACUGGACAUUUUAAACAUGCUGAGGGUAUUUUAGUAUGGGAUUCUCAUGGUUUUGGACGGAUUUGAAAAUGCAAAAUGAGAUUUAUUGAAUUGCUGUGUACCCUUGGUCUCCAAGAUGGGUUGCUUUUUUUAAUUAUAUUUUUUAUGGGUUAUGGUUUGUUUUUACUGAAAAAGUCACCUGGUAAUGUAAUUUUACAAAAGCUAAAUUAUUUGUCUUCAAUGGAAUGGGAUGGAAUGAAAACUUUUUUUUUUUUUGUUCCCUCCCCCACACUGUAAUAAAUAUAAAGAUGAAAAACUCUUA